AUGGAUUUCAUCAAUCGUUACCAUACAAAAUAUCAUAUUACAAAGACGAAGGAUGUCAAUUUUACAGAUAGGACAUCAACACAUGGAUUUCGUUUUGUGGAUAAGAAUGGUCAUAUAAAUAUAAGUUAUUUUUCACUUGGACGUGUAAAACAUAUCCAUUCAAAUUUCGUUUUAUUUAUAAUGCAAACGGACUGGUGGCUUGUAUUAAUAUUUGUUUUGCUUAGUUUUAUAAUAAGCUGGUUUUUCUUUGCAUUACUGUAUUUUCUUAUUUCCAUUGAGCACGGUGAUUUUGUAUUGAAAAACGAAGAACAGAAAUCAUUAGACAAUCAACUGAAUUCAACACGUUCAUAUUCAAAAAUAGAACGAGAAAAAUGCGUUCAAGAUGUACGCAAUUUUUUAAGCGCACUACUUUUUUCCAUUGAAACUCAACAUACAAUUGGUUAUGGUUCGAGAUAUAUAACAACAGAAUGUAUGGGUGGAAUACUUAUAUUGACUCUUCAAUCAUCACUUGGAUAUUUGCUACAAGUUAUUGUUACACAAAUUGUUUUCACUAAAUUAUCAAGACCGACCGGUAAAGGAAACUCACAGUUUAUUGUAUUUAGCAAUUAUGCGCUCAUCGCACUGCGAAAUAAUCAAUUGACUUUAACAUUUCGUAUAGUGAAUUUGUCUACUUCCCAAUUGAUUUUUGCAAGUGUUCGUUUAUUAAUGAUUCGUCAACGGCGAACACUUGAAGGUGAAAUUAUUCCUCAUCAAAUCUACGAUAUGGAAUUAGCACAUCUUUGCAAUGGUCAAUUAUUUUUUCCUCGGCCAACUAUUGUUGAACAUAUUAUUAAUUCGCGUAGUCCUCUCUAUGGCAUACAACGAUCAACAUUAGAAAAAGAACAUUUUGAAAUAAUUGCUAUUAUUGAAGGUUGCUUUGAUCAUACUGGAUUUUCAUGUCAUUAUCGUACAUCUUAUUUACCUAAUGAACUUUUAUGGGAUUAUGAAUUUUCACCUUGUAAUCCAACAUUGAGUGGAUAUGAUUACAAAAAGUUCAAUGAUAUACAAUUGAUUAGUCCUCAUCCGGUUAUGAAUUAUGAUGACGAUGAGUUGAAUGAUGUACGGACAUCCGAGAUAUCCCCUAGUUCGCCACAUUUAUAUGAUUUAUAG